AUGUCGGCCACGGAGAAACACAGUAAAGAUAGUGCGGCAUUAUUUGUUCUGCUUGCUGUAAGCUUAGCCUUAAUAACAAUUCUCAGCGUGAGGAAGUUAAAGCAGUUCAAAUACAGACUCAUAAAUGAACCUGGAGGUGCAAUGUUUUAUGGUAUGCUUUUGGGUGUACUAGUGGAGUACUUGUGGUUUGGCGGAGAAGAGAACGAGAAGAGCAUGGGGAAUGUGUGUGCUUGUCGUGGAACAAACGGCACAUCUCAUGUCAUAAUGGUCAACUCCACGUCCCUCCAACAUGUUGGAAAAAUUAGCCAACGAUGUCCGAUGGCCUCAACUUUUCAAAUGGUGACCUUUGACCCAGACGUCCUUUUUGAUCUCUUCCUGCCAACUAUCAUCUUCUACGGAGCUUUUACCCUGAAUCAGAAACGACUGAUUCAGAAUUUGGGCUCUGUUCUCACAUAUGCAUUUUUGGGCACCCUAAUCAGCUGUAUCUGUAUAGGGGCCUGCAUCUACGGCUUCACCAGACUCAUGGUGCUGCUGGGACAAGCUGCAGGAGAAUUCUUCCUCACUGACUGCCUCCUGUUCGGUGCCAUUAUGUCAGCUACUGACCCAGUCUCAGUUCUUGGGCUUUUGUCACACCUCCGUGUGAAUUUUGAUCUGCACACCCUGCUGUUUGGGGAGAGUGUCCUUAAUGAUGCCGUGGCCAUCGUCUUGACACAUGCCAUCGCCACUUACGACCAGAUGGGAACAGGACACAUUUUUGACCCACCUGCUUUCCUCCGCUCUGUUGGUUUUUUUCUUGGCGUGCUCGUUGGUUCCUUCCUCCUCGGAUUCAUGUUCACUGUAAUAACAGCCCUCCUCACCAAAUUCACUCGACUGCAUGAAAGUCCUCUGCUGGAAACAUCGGUCUUCUUCCUGCUGUCCUGGAGCAGCUUCCUCUCAGCCGAAGCCUGCGGACUUUCAGGAAUUGUGGCAGUUCUGUUUUGUGGCUUGAGCCAGUCAAGGUACACAACUCGUAAUUUAUCACAAGAAGGCAGGACAAGGACCAAGCAGCUCUUUGAAGUCUUCAACUUCCUCGGGGAGAUUUUCAUCUUCAGCUACAUGGGUUAUAUAUGGUUUACGUUUCCUCAGCACGUCUUCAGAACUCUCUUCAUUUUGGGGGCAUUUUUAUCCAUCUUUAUUUCAAGAGCAUGCAACAUCUACCCUUUAUCUUUCCUGCUAAACCUCGGUCGUUCGAACAAGAUAUCCCCCGCCUUCCAACACUUCAUGCUGUUUUCAGGUUUGAGGGGGGUGGUUGCUUUCAGCCUGGCCAUUAGAGACACAUCAACAGUAGCAAAGCAAACCAUCCUCACCACCACACUGCUUCUGGUGGUCUUUACUGUCUGGGUGCUGGGUGCGGCUGCCGAUCCCCUGCUGCACUAUCUGGACCUCAGAGUGGAAGAAGAUGAGGCUGGUGAGGAUCCUCACGAUAAUUCCUCUGAGGUUUUUUCAGAGAGGCCAGAUGCAACAUGGAGCCUCUGGCACCGUCUGGACCAUCAAUAUCUGAAGCCCCUGCUGACGCACUGUGGCCCCCCGCUGACUGACUCUCUGCCACAGUGGUGCGGUGGAUUUGCUAAAGUCUUCAGCAGCCCCCGUCUGCAGGAGGAUGAGGAGCAGCUCUGUGAAGGUCAACUUGAUGAUUUCACCGUUGAUUUGGAGAAAACGGAGCAGGCGUCUACACGGAGCGACUCUGGAUCAGAGCACCAAGAGGACCUGCUGGAGGGGGAUUUGGGCAUUGGUACUUGUGCAUCAACAAGGCCUGAAUUUCCUGGGGUCUCUUCUAGCUCCGACUUAUCCUUCCCACCUCCCACUGCGCAUGGGGACUCUGUUCAAGGCAUUUGA